AGAGGUCAGAUUCAUGACAGAAAACUGUAAACCUUGACUCCCCUUUCAAAUGAUUAUGAUGAUGAGAUAUCAGAUACAUUCACAACCAAUAUUCCUGUGAGGACAGAAAUGGUGUUCAACACUCACGUUGCUGUUCGUGUCGCACGUUUUUCUGCUGAAGCAUGGCAACGUUUGUCGUGCAUUGAUGAUCCUAUAAACAGUGAUCAGCUUUUGGAUCUUCUAUGUUGUUUCCCUCUUCAUCAAUUUGGUCGUCUUGCUCUUUGUUUGUGUUCCUUCUUUUGUCUUCCUCAACCCCAUUCUUUCUACUCUUCUUAUCUUAUAUCUGAUUCUGAGGAUGAGGAUGAGGAUUCUGGUUCUGGUUCUUCGUCAUCUACGCUUCAUCUUGAACAUGACUACUAUUACCACUCUCAUUCUGAUUGAACACUUAUCCUCAUGAGUUCAAGUAGAAGCAGACAUUGGAUGAUGGUACACAAGUGAUCUUAGAUUGCCUCCAUUGUAAAUAAGCAUCUUUUACUCUUUGAUUCUUGAAGCUGAUAAAUUCAUCUCUUUACAUUAUAUAUCCUUGUAAAGAGUGAUUUAUGAGAGUGUUCAUAUAAUUUUAAAAUGCACACUAUAAGGGGUAAGUGGUGAUAUAAAUUACUUUUAUUCAGAAACUUUGUAUAGCAGCUUCAUCACAUGUUUAUGAAAGUUUGCUUUCUUUUUUACUUUA